AUGUCAACGAUUGAGUUGACAUAUCCAUUACAAAAAAAUUGGCAAUCAUCUGAAGCAAAUUCAUCGGAUCAUAUAACCGAUACUACUAGUACUAUUAAUGUCAACGACAACAGCGCUUUAUUACAAGAACUAUUUUGUGAGGCAUGUAGUACAUUGUAUAAUGAUAUCCUGAAUAUCAUCGAUCAUCAAUCGGUAAUCAACGAAAGUGACAUUCUACGUCGCCGAAUGGAAAUCAUCGAGCAGGGCAUCGAACUAUCAGAUGCUCUUCCACAAUUGUCGAAUUUGAUUACUUCAAAGUGA